CUUUCAAACUCAUUUCUUUCUAGACGCUCAGAAAUGUCGGAUUAUGGGAGCGAUGGCGGCGGAGGUGAUCCAUAUGAUGAACCUAUAGAAUACGAUGAAGCUGGUGAUGAACCACUUUUGGAAGAUCAGGACGAGUAUGGACAAACCCAUACUGAGCGAAUGGAGGUGCUUCCAAAUGGUCAGGAUGAUCAAGAUGCUCGAGGUGUUAGCGGAACGACUGGUCCAGGACCUAUACCUAAAGAUCAGCGUAUGACAACUCCCUAUAUGACUAAAUAUGAAAAGGCUCGUAUUCUUGGCACCCGUGCAUUACAAAUCAGUAUGAAUGCACCUGUAAUGGUCGAUCUUACUGGUGAAUCAGAUCCGCUACAGAUUGCUAUGAAGGAAUUGCGUGAACGGAAAGUCCCGCUAAUGGUUAGAAGAUUUAUGCCUGAUGGAAGUUGGGAGGAUUGGUCUGUGCAAGAAUUGAUUCCGCCAGAGUAAAGCAAUACUUGUCAAAUCGAUUCGACUUUUUUCAUUUUCUCUCCAUCUAUUUUGAUUGUGGAUGUCAUGAUCCUGUUUGCCAUUGAGCAUCUAUUUAUUUAUUUUAAAAUUGAUAUACUGUCUAAACUGGCAUGAACUAUCUUAGUCGACUUGUCAAGUCUAAAGUAUAGAAUUAUUUGUUUCCAAGCUUAUUAUU